AUGAAGCCAUUUUCAACACAACACGAGGAGCUCAUACACGAUGUUUCGUAUGACUUUUAUGGAAAACAGAUAGCGACAUGCUCAUCUGAUCAACAUAUAAAGGUUUUCGAUUUGGAUACAGCUACAAAUGAAUGGAUAUUGAAUGACUCUUGGAAGGCUCACCACUCAUCAAUUGUCAAAAUAGACUGGGCGUCACCAGAAUUCGGUAAAGUGAUAGCUUCUGUUUCACAUGACAAGACUGUCAAGAUCUGGGAAGAGGAUUUAGAUGAGCAAAGAGGAAGCGGUCGCCGUUGGAAACAUUUAGCUACAUUGAAUGAUGCUAGGGGUCCAUUAUAUGACGUGGCUUUUGCACCAAGUCACUUAGGCUUAAGAUUAAGUGCAAUUGGUAGUGAUGGUGUUCUAAGAAUAUAUGAUGCUUUAGAACCUGCAGAUUUGAGAUCAUGGACAUUAACAUCAGAAGUUUCAGUUUUAAGUGUCCCACCAGCUUCACAUCUACAAUCAGAUUUUGCCCUAGCUUGGUGCUCAUCUAGAUUUUCACCUGAAAAAUUAGUGGUUUGUGCUUUAGAUCAAGGUUUUAUUUAUCACCGUGAUGCUUCAGGAAAAUUAGUUCAAGCUGCCACUUUGCCAGAUCAUCAUGGUCUUAUUAGAUCAGUUUCAUGGGCUCCAUCCAUGGGUAGAUUUUACCAACUAUUGGCUACUGGUUGCAAAGAUGGUAAAGUUAGAAUUUUCAAGCUCACUGAAAGACUGGCCCAAAAUAAAGAAUUGGCCGAAUACAAUGAAGAUGAGGAUGAGAAUGGGGACUCUAAAAAGACCUCGAAUGUUGAAAUUCAAGUGGAAUUAGUGAGUGAACACGAUGAUCAUAAAGGUGAAGUGUGGUCUGUUUCAUGGAAUUUGACUGGUACCAUACUAAGCAGUUCAGGCGAUGAUGGUAAAGUGAGGUUGUGGAAGGCUUCAUACUCUAAUGAAUUCCAAUGUCUCUCCGUGAUAUCAGCAGAGCAAAAGGAAAUUGUGUAA